UACUUUCCUCCACCUUCAAAUCAACAUGGCCACAUGGCUUUUCGGCCUUGCUUUUCGGCGUCUGGUUUAGUACGAGCUUUUAGGUUGUUUUUGCUAGUUUUCCUCUAUACCAAGCUUCAAAAAUGAGGGUCAAGGUGCUAUGUCGGAACCCAGACGACUACCUGAGAGAAACCAAACACGAUAUUCACAAAGUGCAGCGAAACUACGAUCCGAGCUUGCACCCUUUCGAAGUAUGCCGCGAGUACACCCGUGCCAUGAACGCCGUGAAGCUGGAUAAAAUCUUCGCCAAGCCCUUCUUGGGCAGCCUGGACGGUCACAGAGAUGGAGUGCAAGUGCUGCAGAAACAUCCCAAGUCCCUGUCUCACCUGAUCUCGGGAGCGUGCGACGGAGAGGUCAAAAUAUGGAACCUUGCCGAACGGAAAUGCGUGCGGACCAUCCAGGCCCAUCGUGGCAUGAUAAGGGGCAUCACUUUCCCUGCUGACGGUGACCGCUUCCUCACGGUAGGCGACGACAAGAACAUCAAGACCUGGAAAACCGAACCUCCUGGGUGGGGAGAGACGGAUGAGCCGGUCGACACAAUCAUUACUAAGGGAGUGCUGACGGGGAUAUCGCAUCACCAAAAGGAGAACCUCUUUGCGACCUGUGGGGAGGACGUGCACCUGUGGGAGGAGACCCGGUCCGAGCCGCUGCGGACGCUCAACUGGGGCGUGGACACCGUCUACUGCGUUCGCUUCAACCCCAUCGAGGUCAACGUCAUCGGCAGCGCGUCGAGCGACCGCAGCAUCGUGUUGUACGACACGAGGGAGUCCCAGCCCCUGCGGAGGGUGAUUCUCGAAAUGCGUUCCAAUGCCCUGUGCUGGAACCCCAUGGAGGCAUUCGUCUUUACCUGCGCCAACGAAGACUACAAUCUCUACACUUUCGACAUGCGGAGGUUGAAGUCCCCCCUCAGUGUUCACAUGGAUCACGUUUCGGCAGUGAUGGACGUCGAUUACUCUCCGACGGGAAAAGAAUUUGUGUCAGGAAGUUACGACAAGUCUGUCCGCAUCUUUACCACGGACCACGGACACAGCAGGGAAGUGUACCACACCAAGCGCAUGCAGCGCCUCACCUGCGUCCUGUGGUCUCUAGACAACAAGUACAUCAUGACCGGCUCGGACGAGAUGAACAUCCGGCUCUGGAAGGCCUGCGCCUCGGAAAAACUGGGCAUGCUGGGCCACAGGGAGAAGAUGGCGUUCCAGUACCAGGCCAAGUUGAAGGAGAAGUUCGCCCAGCACCCUCAAGUGAAGAGGAUUGCGCGGCACCGUCAUGUGCCCAAGCACAUCUACAAUGCCCAGCAGGAGAAAAGGACCAUGCUGGAGGCACGCAAACGCAAGGAGGCGAAUCGCAGGGCCCACAGCCGCCCGGGCACGGUCCCCUACAAGUCGGAACGUGCGAAGCACGUGGUCCGAGAGGAACAAUGAAGACUCUCCGUCCACUCCCACAGACACCUUUAUUUCCUGGAUUAGGAGCGCAGCCGCCGUGGAGAAGUCCCGAAGAGCGGAGCUACGUGACCGGGAUAAAAAACAGAAAAAUAAACGCUUUUGUCAACCAGA